AGUUUAAUUCAUUUAAGUUUUUUUUAUUUUUUUUUUUUUAUAAAAAAUGAAUUUUCAACAAAUUAACAACAGUUUUUGUUCACUUGUUUCGUUAGUACGAAACAAUGCAUAUCCUACAUAUCCAGAAUUCACUACAUUUAUAUCAAGAUUGAAAACAUUCAAUUUAUUUCCGUUGACUUCAUCUCAAGAUAAAUACUCAUUAGCUGAAAGCGGUUUUAUAUAUUCAGGGAAAAAAGAUAUUGUUGAAUGUUUUUGCUGCGGUAUUAUAUUGCAUCGUUGGGAAAAAGAAGAUAAUCCAUGGAUUGAACACUCAAGAUGGAAUCCGAAAUGUGUUUUUGUAUUAUUAUCAAAAGGAAAUCAGUUUGUUGAAAAUGUAGUAAAAAAAUAUGGUUCUAUCGAAUUAGGUAGCUACAGCAAUAUACAAAGUGAAGAUUGUUCAUUUAUGUACGAGUUAUUACAAUUUCAUUUUAAUUCAUUGUCGAACAUGAUAUUACAAGAUUUAGUGAUGUAAUAUAAAAAAAGUUUCUUAAUUUAUUUUAAUUUAUCGUUCUUGUAAAAAAAAAAAAAAAAAAAUGUGAA